CUGUUGUGAAAAGAAAUCCGAGUGACAAACGCAUCGCAACGCAACGAGAAAAGAGAAUAAAUAUUCAAAUCGCCGAGGGCAUUCCGAGGAAGGAGAACGUGGAGCCGCACUCCUAGAGAGAUGCACUUUAGCCAGGCCACGAGGCCAUCAUUGGUGCUCCUGGCUGGGGAAAGUGGCAAGGCAACGGCAAGUUGAUGUUGCUGCCGUCUUGGCAUUUAAUUGGGGCCCUCCUUGUGCUCACGGCAACAGCGGGGGACUCCACCAAUAAGAUCAUCUUGCCGCAGAUACUCAACGGCAGCGUCAACGGCGGAGCUGCCUCCGGCAACAAUGCCAAGCACACAAGUGGCACCGGCAAAUCAACGAUACCAGCAACUGGCGGUGGCAUCGCCGCCAAUGGCAACACAAUUCUUGGCAGCAAUGGCGUAAUUGUUGCAGGUGGCGUGCCCAAUGUGCCAACAUCGAAUUUAAAUACUGUUGUUGAAGAACCCGAAUUUACUGAAUACAUCGAAAAUGUAACUGUACCUGCUGGACGUAAUGUCAAAUUGGGUUGCUCAGUGAAGAAUCUUGGCUCAUAUAAGGUUGCAUGGAUGCACUUUGAGCAAUCGGCGAUACUCACGGUCCAUAAUCACGUGAUCACGCGGAAUCCGCGCAUCAGUGUCACGCACGACAAGCACGAUCGACAUCGCACUUGGUAUUUGCACAUCAACAAUGUGCACGAGGAGGAUAAAGGACGCUACAUGUGUCAGAUCAACACCGUGACGGCGAAAACGCAGUUCGGCUAUCUGAACGUUGUAGUGCCACCGAAUAUCGAUGACUCGCUCAGCUCCAGCGAUGUCAUAGUUCGCGAGGGUGCCAACAUAUCGCUGAGAUGUCGGGCCAGCGGCAGUCCCCGCCCCAUAAUCAAAUGGAAACGUGAUGAUAAUUCGCGCAUAGCCAUCAAUAAGAAUCACAUAGUCAAUGAAUGGGAGGGUGAUACGCUGGAGAUAACUCGCAUCUCUCGCCUGGACAUGGGCGCCUAUCUCUGCAUUGCAUCCAAUGGGGUUCCACCCACGGUUUCCAAGCGCAUCAAAGUCAGCGUGGAUUUUCCACCCAUGCUGCUGAUACCACAUCAAUUGGUUGGUGCGCCCGAAGGUUUCAAUGUCACCAUCGAAUGUUUUACGGAGGCGCAUCCAACCUCUCUGAAUUACUGGACACGCGGCGAGGGACCAAUCAUACACGAUUCAUACAAAUACAAAGUCGAAUCAAGUGUCGGCGUGCCUGCUUAUAAAACGCAUAUGAAACUCACAAUUAUCAAUGUGGGAAGCGGCGAUGAUGGCAUCUAUAAGUGUGUAGCCAAGAAUCCCAGAGGCGAAACUGAUGGCAUUAUACGACUGUAUGUCUCGUAUCCACCAACCACAGCCUCUUCGGGACUUUACACAACCGAAUCGCAUUGGGGUGAGGGCGGCAUUAAUAAUAUCGGUUAUGGAAACUCCGAUUCGACGCGUUCCAUAUAUGGGCAGGAUAAAAAUACGCGCUAUCAAUCGAAUUUGAAUGAAAUCGGUUUAUCAGAACAAAAAUCCUUCCUAGAUAAAACCCAAAAUGCGGCAACAGGAAACGGCAGCCCCUCAGACCCCGCACUCGACGGUGAUGGGGACAGCGACGAUGCCAACUGCUCGGUGGCCAUAGCGUGGCUGGUAUUGUUACCAACAUUGUUAAUAACGUUGCGGUCUAGGCUUAGCUUAAGUGUAUGUUAGCCAAAGCGAAAUGUAUCUUGUAGCUACAUAUCCAUACAACAUACGAUGUACUUCACUAGCGUUAAGGCUUAAGGAGAGACGAACUAGCAGAUACAAUUAGAUUGAAAUACUUACAAAUACAUAUACAAAUACUAUACAUAUACAGCAGAUACUUACUCGUAUAGCCCAUAGUAAUGAAGACCCUAGUUAUGAUCCGCCCCCGAAGAAACAAAAUGCAAGAAAGCCAAAGAGAGCUUGCUGCAUGGAAAUCCAAUGUGUAGCCACAACCAAUAUGAACUUAGCUUAGACCUGAGUAGGAAAAUUCACCAUCUCUUUCGAAGAUUAUUGCAUUCUGCUUAAUUGCUGUGCUUACACAUUGAAAUGACAUCGCAUAAAUCGAAAGAUGAGUAAUGUUUUAAUUAUUAUACCAUGAUAUAUUUGAGCGUUUAACGCUAAAGGCAUUUUUAUGCAUCCACUUUUCCCUCAACCCAUCACACACA